AAUUAAUUAAUUUUCCAAAAAUGUUCUUUAAAUUACUUGUAAAUGUUUGUAAAAUUUGUAAAAUUUGUAAAAUUUGUAGAUGGCUUUGAAUGGUUCUGAUGGUCCGGAUUCUGGUUACUUUUUAGAUUUGUCAAAUCCCUUUGACUUUUUCGACACCCUCGGCUCGGACUGUUUUAUCAAUUUCGCAGGUUAUUAUCUUGAUCUUUUUAUACUUCAUAUUAAGAUUUCGCUGAGUCUCCGGAUCCUAGGCUCAACGCCCGGAAAUCCAAUUUCAGCGCUUUUUUACCUCUAUUUUCCCCUCUUUGAUCCGCUAAUCCAUAGCCUAAUAGGUUUAUAUUUAGUUCUUAACAUUGUAGCUCUCCUUUUAAUUCUUCUUCUUCUCCUACAUUUCCCCUUUUUAUCCACUGUUCCACUUGUUAUCUUACGCUACAUCCUGGCUCAACUAUGGGAGAAUCGCGUUUAUCUACUGAAGAAUCUUGUGUAUCUACUGAAGAAUCUUGUGUAUCUACUGAAGAGUCUUGUGUAUCUAUGGGAGAAUAUUGUUCAUCUACGGGAGAAUCUCGUUUACAUAUGGGAGAAUUGGCCUUUAAUAGUGCGGAGAGUGGUUCGGAGAUUCAGAUACUCUCAGCUCAGGAGAAUGAUACUAAACUCUCCUGCAAAUCCCGCCUUUAUUCUGACUACCAUUUGACACCACACACAACUAACUCACUUAACUCACUUACUAACACACAUAGUAAUAAACAGAGAGGGGAACGGGAAGGUACAAUUGCUAGGGUGCGGGAUGAUGACUCUGGAGUGUUGUCUGUACAAUUAGGAACCAGGCAUAACUCCUCAGGCAUUCUCACCAUUCCCAUCACCAACACUAACACUAACACUAUUAGUAAUAGUAUUGGUAAUAGUACUGAGAAUGUUGUGAAUGAGCACGUGAGGAUGGAGAUGAUGUAUGAGAAUUAUGCGGUGGACGACGUGCGGUUUAGGGGUCACAGUGCGGCUGAGAGUUACGCCAGGGACGGCAGUAACUUCUGUAACACCGCCAGCCUUGGCGGCGUCAACGUCACACCCUCCGGAAUCGCAGAGAAAAUCUACUUCAAUCCCACCGCAUUCCACAACACUCUCAAUACCAUCAACAAUAUGAACACUGUGAAUACUCUCAAUACUGUAGAUAAUACUGUGGAAACUCCUAGUGUUAGUGUGAGUGUUAGGAGAAGACUUCGGAGGGAAGAAGUUGGUGAGGAUAUAUUUGGUCCCUGGAUACCAUACGAGGAGGCCGAGCUUCCCGUACACUCCGGUGCCCCCGCUACUGAGAAUAAAUUAGAAAAUAAGGUUAAAGUAACUGUUGGCAGGGGGCUGGUGAAGUGUACGCCUGAGCAGGCCGAGGGCAUGAACGAGGUAAUCACCGCUGACGGGAAACAGUUUACACAGUUCAACUCCCUCACAGUCUCAACAUACAACAAAAAAAUUGAUAACAAAUAUAAACCAAUACUUACCAAAUCUACUGUUACCAAGUCUACGCAUAUGCACAGUAGAGAUGUUAAAAAUUACAUCCCUAAAUCGGAAAUUUGUGUGAUGACAGGUCAUACGAUGUCGGUGUAUAGAAUUGAGUUUAUUCCGGCCGGUAACCUGUUAUUAUCCUGUGGCAUGGACGGCUUUGUCAAGCUCUGGGACCUGAGCACGCACAAAUGUGUCCGAAACUACAAAGCCCACGUAAAAGGUGUUAGGGACAUCAGUUUCAUAGAAACUGGUACUAAAUUCUAUUCCCUCAGCUUUGACAAUAAUGCCAUACUCUGGGACACGGAGUAUGGGAAGAUUAUCGGCGUGUACAGAAUUGACAAGACUCCGUAUUGCCUAACUCCCUGCCCUGUGGACAGUAAUAUCUUCCUAGUAGGCGGUGACAAUAAUAAGAUUUUACAGCUGGAUAACAGGACUGGCGACUGCGUGCUCGAGUAUUCUGAGCACAUGGGCUGUGUUAACACUGUGACAUUUAUUGAUCACCGGAGACUGGUCACUACUGCCGAUGAUAAGCGGAUUUUAGUCUGGGACUACAACAUCCCAGUGGUUGUAAAGUCAAUUUCCAGCCCUGAAAUUCACACAAUUCCCGCGGUCGCCGCACACCCCAGUCAUAAGUUUAUCCUAGCCCAGAGCAUGGAUAAUCAGAUUCUGGUGUAUGAAACUUCAAGUUCCAGGUUUAAACUGUUUGGUAGAAAAAGGUUUAGGGGACAUCAGAACAGCGGCUACGCCAUUAAACCAAGCUGCUCUGGCGAUGGCAGGUUCGUCGUCUCCGGCGACUCCAGAGGUAAAUUAUUCAUUUGGGACUGGAAAACUUGUAAACUCCUACAAACAUUCAACGCACACAAAAUGGCACUCAUGGACUCCAAAUGGCACCCAAACCUCAACUCCACAGUCGCAACCGCAUCCUGGGACGGGACCAUCAAACUCUUUCAAUAA